CUGACAUGACUCUGUACCAGGGGGCAGGAGAGCAUGUGCUCUUCUACCAUCAAAGUCUUCUCUGCACACCCCUCAUUCCUCAGACCUCCCUUCAACCCCAACAGAAACCCUAACAGGACCCAAGCCCACCGACUGCUACUCAGUACCAAGCCAUGACUAUCACCUACACAAACGAAGUGGCCAAUGCCCGCCUUGGUUCCUUCUCGUGCCUUCUCCUGCGCUGGCGAGGCAGCAUCUACAAGCUGCUGUACGGAGAAUUCCUUGUCUUCAUAUUCCUCUACUAUUGCAUCCGUGGACUCUACAGAAUGGUUCUCUCGAAUCAUCAGCAGCAGCAGUUUGAGAAGUUGGCUCUGUACUGCAACAGCUACAUUCAGUUCAUCCCUAUAUCCUUCGUUCUGGGUUUCUAUGUUACAUUGGUGGUGAGCCGAUGGUGGAACCAGUACGAGAACUUGCCGUGGCCCGACCGCCUCAUGAUGCAGGUAUCUAGCUUCGUGGAGGGCAAGGACGAGCAAGGCCGGUUGCUGCGGCGCACGCUCAUCCGCUACGCCAUCCUGGGCCAAGUGCUCAUCCUGCGCAGCAUCAGCACCUCGGUCUACAAGCGCUUUCCCAGUCUUCAACACCUUCUGCAAGCAGGCUUUAUGACUCCUGGGGAAUAUAAGCAGUUGCAGAGGUUGGGCCUACCACACAACACAUUCUGGGUACCCUGGGUGUGGUUUGCCAACCUGUCAAUGAAAGCCUAUCUUGGAGGUCGAAUCAGGGACACUGUCCUGCUCCAGAGCCUGAUGAAUGAGGUGUGCACCUUGCGUACUCAGUGUGGACACCUAUAUGCCUAUGACUGGAUCAAUAUCCCAUUGGUGUACACACAGGUGGUGACAGUGGCGGUUUACAGCUUUUUCCUUGCAUGCUUGAUCGGGAGGCAGUUUCUGAACCCACUCAAGAACUACCCAGGCCACGAGAUGGAUCUGGUCGUGCCUGUCUUCACAAUCCUGCAGUUCUUAUUCUACGUGGGCUGGCUCAAGGUGGCAGAACAGCUCAUCAACCCCUUUGGAGAGGAUGAUGAUGAUUUUGAGACCAACUGGAUCAUUGACAGAAACCUGCAGGUGUCCCUGUUGUCUGUGGAUGGGAUGCACCACGACGUGCCUCCCAUGGAGCGUGACAUGUACUGGAAUGAGGUGGCGCCUCAGCCGCCCUACACAGCUGCUUCUGCCGGGUCUCACCGACAAUCCUUCAUGGGCUCCACCUUCAACAUGAGUCUGAAGAAAAAAGACUCAGAGGAGGAGAGUGACACUUAUGACAAGAAAGAGAAUGAUUACGGCAGCACCAUUGGACGCUUCUUAGGACUGCAAUCCAAUGACUACCAUCCUCCCAAGACAGACUUAAAGACCAAACUGUUGUGGUCUAGAAAGGACCCCUUCCUCGAGGACCAGUCUAAGAAUGACAAGCAGAAAGACCAGAAAGAUGAUGGCUGGAAACCAAACGACUUCUUCAGAGCUAUUCCAAAGUUUAACAGGCCAAGUUACCGCCAGGCCCCACAGCCACUUGGCAGCCACCUUCCCAUGGUGUUCCCUCCUCAGCAGUCAGCACCCUCAGUGCACACAGGUGGUGGGCCUUCCACAAAGUACCAAGAAGCCUGUCACAAGAAGAAAACAGUGGAGUUUAACUUGAACAUUCCAGAGUGCCCUACAGAACAUCAACAACCCCAUUUGGACCAGAGGCACACUAUCCUGGAGGAGCCUGGAGAACCCUAUCCUGUCAGUGAUAAAGCUGACACCAAUCCCGUUUCCUAUGAGUGAUGCUUCACAGCUUGGUUCUCACCUGCAUGGAUGCCAGCAGGGCACUGACCCAGUCAGAGGCACACAGCAGCGACACUCAAGAAUAUGUUCCCAUGGCAGUCUGGCAGGUAACUCAGAACCAGGACUGCUUAGUCCUGUCUGAACACACCUGUCUUUCACUAUCUUUCCUAAACUAGCGAGUUUAAUAAAUAUUCUUUCAGGC